CUUUUCUCCAGCACAGAGCUACAGUACUCUAGCUAGAAGCUAGCUAGUCUCUUGCCCCAGCACAUACAUGUAACUUGAAAGAUCGAAGGCAACCAUGGCAAUGGUAGUAGGCCAACGAGUGCGUAUCACUCGCCCGCCAAAAGGUCGUGGGGAAUGGACCGAUCAGGAGGCGACGGUAUUGACGUUGAUACCUGUUGCCAAGGAAAUCCUCGACUACAAGAUUCGUGUGGACAAGGAUGAAUCCGAGGAGGUGUUAUCCGCAGCUUGCUUGGAACCUUCCUCUUUUGACGAAGAGAAGGAAGAAGGCAUGUUCAGCUGUCUGGUUGUUAAUGGCAGUAUGUAUUGUCUUGAUCACCGACUGGAAGUCUGUGGAGAAUGCGGUGUCGACCAUCGCUCGACCAACUUACCAGACGAGAUUGACGAGAAGCUGUACGACAACGGGUCUGACGCCGUGAACAAGCUCAUUGAUGAUCUGAAUCGAAUCGGAGUGGCAGGACGCAUUGCCCCCUCCAAGAGAUCCAAGGCAAAGUACAAUUGUCCUGCCAAUACUGCCGUGUUUCAACCCAACGUUAAUGGGAAACUGUUGCCCUCUGAAGUUCCCGACAACGAUUUUGAUCCACGCCAAGGCAACCCCUGGCCCGACAGUGUGCCUACGGAAAAGUUUCUACGAGUGCAUUCCGACUUCCCCAACACAACGAUUCCCGAGGAGUUCAAACUACCAGUGAGACGACUGCGAGAAACAAUCUGUGUAGCCGGCCAUCGCUGGCAACAUUUCUUCACUCAAGAACGGGGCAAAAAAACUCCCAUGGUACGAUUACUAUUGCAAGACGGAGCUCAGAGUCAAGUAUUGACCUUGGAUUUGGUGUUGCCCAUUCAAAGUCUCGUAUUGCAGUCUGGAAUGGUGGUACCAAUCUUUGUCGUUCGGUAUGCUCAUGUCAUGGCGUCCAACAUGCAGAGUGCAGUGGCAGUCAUGUCUACCAUGGUGCGAAACACCCCCAUGGGUGAAAUCCCUGCCGAAGUGGAUGAGAUUGUCCUCUUUGCCAAUCUCUUGAAAGAAAAUGGCAAACGACUGGCCCCUGCUUUUGUGCGCAGCGUGGAACAACACAAAAAGCUGUUGAAGGUCAGCUUUUUUACAUCCAUCUCGGAGGAGAUGCAACAAGCCUACUGCGAUAGUCUCAAGUCCUACUGCUUCAGGUGCGGGACGUCUGACGUUAAAACACAGAAAUGUGCCCGUUGUCAAAAGGCCACCUAUUGCUCGCGUCAGUGCCAACGAUUUCAUUGGAAGUACCACAAACGAAACGGAUGCCAGGCCAGUUAG